AUGAGUACCAAGCCAAAGACCCACAAGGCCAUGGGUGAUGUCGAGUGGAUGACCAGGUUGAGGGCUUUUGCAAGUUCUGGUGCAUGGCCUUCUGGAGGCAACAGACCAGCACCACGGCAGCGGAAGUGGUAUGACCUCUACCAGAAGAUUGAGAAAUGCCCCCUGCAAGCUCAUGGACAGACCACCCUCUUUGGUGGGUCCAAGGCAUGCAGUUGUGGAUUCCACACCACCAAGCCUGCCACUGCUACUUUAUCACAGGCCACUGCUGCACCUCCACAAUCUGAGGCUUCAGACACGGCUCCUGCCCCACGGUCAUUCCUGAGGCCCUCUUCUACUUUAUCAAUGUUCACUAAAUCACGGUAUAGUGGGUCACAGUUGUCUUCACUAAAGCCCAAUUUAGUAGAACGGAAGACCCCCAGCCCUUCUCCAUCCUCUGUGAGGACCCCAAGUGCUUCUCCUCCCAGCCCCUCACCUUCUCCAUCCUCUGUGAGGACUCUAACCGUGGCCACUGUGAGAACCCCUUGCCCUUCUCCAUCCUUUGUGAGGACCCCAAGUGCUUCUCCUCCCAGCCCCUCACCUUCUCCAUCCUCUGUGAGGACUCCAACCGUGGCCACUGUGAGAACCCCUCGCCCUUUUCCAUCCUCUGAGGAGCCUAGAAGAGUCCAGCCAACCCCUGCCGAGGACUUAGCUUCAGUCAGGCUACCAGUUGAAUUAGGCAAGACCAUCCCUGUGCAGGACCAAAGGUGGAUUGCCAACACUUUAUUUCACUCUGGCAAGCUGCGGCCAGAUUUGAAGCUGUGGUAUGAGCCUCCCAUCCCGGCCCUCAUUUACCACCAGACACCAACACCUGACCGGUUCUUUACCCAUCGGCUAAUGGUGUGGAUGCCCUACCACCUGUGGAAGGUGACGGUUCACUGUCCGGCUUGUAACAAGAACCUAACAGGUUAUGGUGUCCACAAAAAGGGCCAGGAAGGUCCUGGAUAUUGA